CGUGAUUGAGACAUUUUGCCGACGCAACAAGGACCGCUCAGCGAUGGUGCCAUACGAAACCGUACGGGAUGCUAUCUCACAAGGGGAUCCAAACCAUCUUGUUUGUCUCGCGGAUUUUGGUCUCUCCGUUGCUUUGAAACCGCCCAAUGGAUGGGAUAAUUCGAAUGAGUCAAGUGAAUCUAAGUUGUUGUUGAAGAGUCUAAUCGGAAAGAAAAGAGAGUUCCCUGUAGAAAAACCAGGUACCGUCACAAAUCUGCGGGGUACAAUGGUUCAAACUCGUGAAUAUCGUGCCCCUGAGAUUAUCAUUGGUUUAGAUUUUAACACACGCACCGAUUUAUGGAGCGUUGGCUGUAUGGUGUUUGAAAUUAUUACUGGUGACUUUCUUAUGGAUCCAAAGCGUCGCACAAAGAACGAGCGUAUGAUGGACGUUGAGCACCUGGCAAUGAUGAUGCAACUACUUGGGCCUAUUCCUGAUGAGAUCAUUCGUCUUCGUACACGACGAGAUCCAAAACGUCCUCCGCCACGUUAUAUUCAUCGUUAUUUUAACGAGAGUGGUCGGUUCAUUUACUCCGAGAAGUAUCGGCUUUACCCGCGACGACAUCUAGAUAGGGAAUUAGAAACAUUUCUGCCUACGGCUGAAGCUCAAGGGGCUGCCGAUUUCAUUAUGCAUUGCUUGUCGUCAUACGAUCCGUCAAGGCGCCCAGCCGUGCAUGAUAUGUUGGCCCAUCAGUGGCUGUCGGAUGUCAUGGGGCAGCGGAAGUGUUGA